AUGGAGAGUGCUAAAGAGCAGAUCGAAGACAACGCAUUCGAUGCUUUAUUGAAUGCAAUAAAAACUGAUCCGGACCUGGAGACAGCUUUGGAAUUAUGCCCUGAACACGAAGAAAAUUUUCUAGAUAUAUUCUGGAUAGAUGUAAAUGGAGUUCAAGAGGAGGACGUACCCGACGGAGAAGUUUUCUUCAGGUCGGUAGAGUUAGGCAGAGAUAAUGUCGAAGAGAUUGCUGCCGGAAUAAAACAGGAACCGGACGACGAUCCUAUUUUUGACGAGGACACGUUAGAUGUCGACGAUUUACCAGCGAAUGUCGAGGAGAUGGAGAUGGAGCUGGAGGAAAAUGAGCUCCCUGAAGAAUAUCAUUUUAAUAUAGUUCGCCAAAACGGAGAAAUUGCCGAGGAGAUAGACGAGGAGGAAAACGAGGAGGUAAACGAGGAGGAAGACGAGAACCAUGAUCUAAUUGAACCGUUUCUCUAUGAAGAAGAGGAAGAAAUUGACGAGGAUAUAGAGGAAGAGGAAGCUGCACCACCUGAUAAUUACAACAUCUUCUUUAAUGAAGAUGCAAUGGAGGCGUUCGACCACCAAAUAUAG